CAUGGUUUGACUGCCCCCUUUGCCCAGUGAAGUGUUCUAGAGAAGAUUUCCUACUGGACCAUUUCUGUCGACGCCAUGUACCUGGAGGGACCAAAUACAAGAAGAACACUGACAAUUCUUUCUGUCAUCGGAAAUCAACGAAGAGCAGCAGAAGUCAGCCAAACUCGAAGAGCACCAUUUCAACAUCCAGCCUGAACCCUGUAGAAAAAACUUCACCUCCCCAUCAAGAUGAAUUGGAUAUCGCAGAUCACGCCGAUUUCUCCAAAUUAAAAUUACUUUUAUCAAAUGAUGUUGAGCAAAAUCCUGGACCUACCUAUCACUGUGGAUGGAAUAAUUGUGGAUUCAUCGGGCUAACAACAACCAGAAUGGGACAACACCUGCGACAACAUGGACGAGAAGAGGAAUGCAAAUGGGCGCAAUGCAAUGGAUUUCAGCGAACGAGCUACGAAGACCUGGAGUUACACAUUAUACACGACCACUUCUUUGAUGACAGAAUCACCUUUCCUUCCCUAGAUGAUUGGCUGGAAUAUCUCCCAGAAAAAAGAAUCGACCCAGAAACCACUGAUUUACGCUUCUGUCCAAAGGCCAGAGUGAAUCAAUUCAUGUUUUUAGUAGUAAAACAGCUGCAGGUGACGAAAUAGGAUGGGAGUUUACAUCAUCAGUAAUGAAAACUGGUUGCACUUUUUCAGCAUACUGUCAGAUGAAGGAUGAACUUUACAGAACUCGUGACCCAAAGGCCAAGUUUAUGGAUGCAACAGUUUUUUUAAAAUGGUGGUUUAGUUGGGCAGCUAAUAUGAACAUUGAUUUCAGACAACCAUGUGACAUUUGUAGGUAUGAGCCUAAUAGACUGUGCUGUGAUGGAACCAGAGUAGGCGUAGGUUUCCGUCAUUCAAAUUUCACAGAAAUAAGUAAACCUGAUAGUUCUUUACAGACACAGCAAACAUUGCAUCGACGGAUGGACAGAUGUUACCUGAAGAAUAAGCCUGGAGUUGAAAAGAGACAGAUGAUCGCUUAUCGUGAAGCAUUGGAUAAUAUAGCCCGAACUACAGUUGCAGAAUUUGAACCGUUAGAUAUUCCAGAAAAUAAUGAUAGAAUUAAUUUACUUAUGCAGGCUCUACCUGAGGAGGCUCAUCAAUCAUUCCAGCGAUUUACUCGAGGGAUGUCAGAAUUUGAAAGAGUAGCUUAUGCAUCUGUCCUUAAGAUGUUGGCUACAACAGCAUCUGUGACAAGCAUUUUGUCACCAGAAUAUGCACUUUUCUUGCAGGAAUUUCUAACUAAUGAAAAUCUUUCAGAUUUUGAGUUUAACAGACAGAUGUAUGAGAUGAGAUCAUUUGCUCCAGAAAUACGGGACUUGAUUGCAGAAUCGAUGUUGAACAAUAACAACAUUCUACCUGAUGACAUUAAACUUUUUCUAGUUCAUCUUACUAAUGAGUCUCUAAACUUACCAGUUUAUGCCCCAGAGGAUGCUACUUUUCAAUUCGGAACAUACAACCCUGAGAAGCUGGGCCGGGCUUAUUACUUCAAUGAACAUGGUGUUAAACUGAGGAAUGUACGCAAAUUUCAGAUAGAUGAGGACCGAGCAGGCAGAAACAAUGACCAUGAUGAUGAAGCUAUGGACUUUGAGCGAUGCAGAAAGAUUUACUCAAAAAUACAACAAUCAGCACCCGGCACAUCUAACUUGUUUCUUUGGUUUUGUCCAGAUCACGGUCAUUGCUAUGGAUUCCACAUGACAGUGGCUGAAGGCAGAAAAGAUCCAUCAGCUUCAUUAUACUCUCAUCUAGCCAAACCUCCACAAGCAGUGUUUUAUGACUUUGCCUGUAACUUACAGGAAUAUUGCCUCAACAGAGAGAGUGGGUACUACAAGAAUGUUAGAUUUUUUCACGAUAUUUUUCAUGGUUAUUCACACAAAUGCUCUACUUCUUUUAGAAGCUCUCGACUUCAAGGAUUUGAAAGUGUGAACUCAGAAAUCUGCGAACAGUUCAACAGCUUCAUCCAGAUUCUGAAGAAAUCAGCAAGACAAAUGACACAAUCUCAUUUCUGUUUCUAUCUUCAGUUCUUUAUUCAUGAGUGGACCAGGAGAAAAAGAGUUGCUUACAAGAGGAAAAUCAGCACUGCACUAGCUGGGCUUUUAUGAAAUGUAUAACAACUUUGAUUUUCAGAGAGCUGUGCAUCAUAAAAUGAUCAAAUGAACUAUGUUUAAUUUAUAUUUCAUUCACUUCUUAUAUAUAUUUGUUUGACUUUCUCAUUUGCGUAUACUUUUGACUAGUAAUUAUCACUGCAUCUGCAAUUGUUUUCGGUUUCUGCUGUGUUUGUUAGUAUGUUUCAGUUUGAGCGAACAGACUCCAACUUUGGCUUCCAGCUUUGCUGUUGAGAAAGGUCAACAAGUUCCACCAGAAGUUCCACCAGAAAUACAUCACGUCUUUGAUUUUAAUGUUUGAGGCAGAUUUUCCACAGCGUCUUCAUCCAAUCUACUUGUGUCGGCAUGUGCAACUACUUAAUCUGAAGGCUUGGAGGGAAUUGUAGCUCAGUGCUUCAUCCUUUAUGUGGAUAAACAAAAGGGAACCAGAAGGAUCGAUCUAAAGACAUUCUUUUCAUAAAUCUGUUGGUGUCAAACAAUAUAAUUUUGAUUGAUCAGUCUUCUUAGUGCCUGUAGUGAACAGUAUGUAUUGUAUUAUAUGUAGUAUAAUAAUCAAUUAAGUGUUGAUAAAUGUCUUACAAUUAUCGUAUAACCCUUUAUAUCAAGUUUUGUUAUUUAAUUGUAGAACAGCAAAAGAAACAUUUGUGGAUUUUAAAAGAUAAGGCAGAGACUAUGUUUACACUGUAAAUGUUCAACUGGUGAAUUCCAUUAUUUGUUGCAAUAUCUAGAUUUUGAUAAUGUAAGGAAUGAUUUCUGAUUAAAGUAUUACAAUAGGAA